AUGGGAGGCGGUGCAGGAUGCCAACGAUGGGAGGCAGUGCAGGCAUGCCCAGCGAUGGGAGGUGCAGGAUGGGAGGCGGUGCAGGAUGGGAGGCGUGCAGGAUGGGAGGUGGGCCUGCCAGCGAUGGGAGCGGUGCAGGCUGCCAGCAAUGGGAGGCGGUGGGCCUGCCAACGAUGGGAGGCGGUGCAGGCCUGCCAGCGAUGGGAGGCGGUGCAGGCACUGCCAGCGAUGGGAGCGGUGCAGGCCUGCCAGCGAUGGGAGGCGGUGGGCCUGCAACGAUGGGAGAGUGCAGGCCUGCCAACAUGGGGAGGCAGUGCAGGCAUGCCAGCGAUGGGGAGCGGUGCAGGCCAACGAUGGGAGGGCAGUGCAGGCCUGCCAACGAUGGGGCGGUGCGGCACCCAGCGAUGGGGAGGCGGUGCAGGCAUGCCAACGAUGGGGGCAGUGCAGGCAUGCCGACGAUGGGAGCGGUGCAGGCAUGCCAACGAUGGGAGGGCAGUGCAGGCAUGCCAGCGAUGGGGAGGUGCGAGAGCCAGCGUGGGAGGCGGUGGGGCAUGCCAGCGAUGGGAGCGGUGCAGGCAUGCCAGCGAUGGGGCGGUGCAGGCAUGUGAUGGGGAGGCAGUGCAGGCAUGCCAGUGGGAGGCGGUGCAGGUGGGAGGUGCAGGCAUGCCAGCAGUGGGGGCGGUGCAGGCCUGCCAGCGAUGGGAGGCGGUGCAGGCCUGCCAGCGAUGGGAGCUGUGCAGGCCUGCCAGCGAUGGGGCGGUGCAGGCAUGCCAACGAUGGGGCGGUGCAGGCAUGCCCGACGAUGGGAGGCAGUGCAGGCAUGCCAGCGAUGGGAGGCGUGCAGGCAUGCCAGCGAUGGGGCGGUGCAGGCAUGGCCUUGAUGGGGAGGGUGCAGGCAACGAUGGGGAGGCAGCUGGCAACGAUGGGGCAGUGCAGGCAUGCCAAGCGAUGGGAGGCGGUGCAGGCAUGCCAGCGAUGGGGAGCAGUGCGGGUAUGCCAGCGAUGGGAGGCUGUGCAGGCAUGCCAACGAUGGGAGGCGGUGCAGGCAUGCCAGCGAUGGGAGCGGUGCAGGCCUGCCAGCGAUGGGGCGGUGUGGCAUCCAGCGAUGGGAGGCUGUGCAGGUAUGCCAGCAAUGGGGCGGUGCAGGCAUGCCAGCGAUGGGAGGCAGUGCAGGCUACUGACGAUGGGAGGCGGUGCAGGCAUGCCAGCGAUGGGGAGGCUGUGCAGGCCUGCCCGGCGUGGGAGGCGGUGCAGGCAUGCCAACGAUGGGAGGCGUGCAGGCCUGCCAGCGAUGGGAGGCGGUGCAGGCAUGCCAGCGAUGGGAGCUGUGCAGGCAUGCCAGCGAUGGGAGGCGUGCAGGCAUGCCAACGAUGGGGCCGGUGCAGGCAUGCCAACGAUGGAGGGGUGGGCAUGCACCCAGCAAUGGGAGCAGUGUGGGUAUACCAGCGAUGGGAGGCUGUGCAGGUAUGCCAACGAUGGGAGGCGGUGGGCAGCAUGCGUGAUGGGGCAGUGCAGGCCUCAGCGAUGGGGAGGCAGUGUGGAGUAUACCAGCGAUGGGGCUGUGCAGGUAUGCCAGUGUGCAGUGGAGGCAGUGCAGGUGCCCAGCGAUGGGGCGGUGGGGCAUGCCAGCGAUGGAGCGGUGCCUGCCAGCGAUGGGGCGGUGCAGGCCUGCCAGGUGGGGCGGUGCAGGCAUGCCCAGCGAUGGGAGGCGGUGCAGGCAUGUCAGCGAUGGGGCGGUGCAGGCAUCUCCAACGAUGGGAGGCGGUGCAGGCAUGCCAGCAGUGGGAGCCGAGUGCAGGCAUGCCAGCGAUGGGAGGCGGUGCACACUUAGCGAUGGGAGCGGUGCAGAACAAAUGUGAUAGUGUACAGCAGGAACAAGUGGGCUGGUGGGCAGCAGGAACAAAUGGUAGUGGGCGCAGGAACAAGUUGGUGUGGUCGGCAGGAACAAAUGUGAGUGGGCAGCAGGAACAAAGUGGGAGUGGGCGCAGGAACAAGUUGGUGUGGUCGGCAGGAACAAGUGGGAUAGUGGGCGGCAGGAACAAGUUGGUGGUCAGCAGGAACAAAUGA